ACACACACACAUAUAUAUAUAUAUAUCUGUCUCUCCAAUGGAAGCGUUACGUUUUGCUUCUUCACAUUCACCUCUCCUUCGCCCGAAAUUCACCACCAAUGACAACGUCAAAGCGGUCACCACCACCGCCAGCAACAAAUCGAGACUGUUUGUCUCCGCCACACUGUCCAAAUCAAUGGCAGAGAUUUCCCCCUUGCAGUCCUCCACCAAUACUUCGCUUAAAGAGCCGUUGGCAGGUCCUACACCACCACGACGUCAAUCUCCUCAAUUGCUCUCAGUCUCACCGGCUUCUCUACAAUGUCCACCUGGAGAGCUGGUCGGUGUGCCGGACCAUACGGUUACAGACGGUGAAUUGAGUGCGAUGGAGUACUUGACCAACGUAUUGGCGUCCAAGGUUUACGAUAUUGUUCCAAGAGACACGCCAUUGGAGCUCGCGCCGAAGCUCUCGGAGAGGCUUGGGGUCAAUGUCUGGCUUAAGAGAGAGGAUCUCCUGUCUGUUUUCUCAUUCAAACUUCGAGGAGCUUAUAAUAUGAUGGCUAAACUUCCAAAGGAGCAGCUGGAAAGAGGUGUCAUUUGCUCAUCGGCAGGAAAUCAUGCCCAAGGUGUUGCAUUGUCUGCCAGGAAAUUGGGGUGUGAUGCUGUCAUUGCUAUGCCUUCUACUACGCCAGAGAUCAAGUGGAAGGCAGUUAAGGCAUUAGGUGCAAUGGUUGUCCUCGUGGGGGACUCUUAUGAUGAAGCACAAACAUACGCCAAAGAACGAGCUGAAAAGGAAGGUCGCACUUUCAUACCUCCUUUUGAUCACCCUGAUAUCAUCGCAGGUCAGGGAACAGUUGGAAUGGAGAUUGUGCGUCAAAUGAAUGGACCGGUGGAUGCUAUAUUUGUGCCCAUUGGUGGUGGUGGUUUAAUAGCUGGCAUUGCUGCCUAUGUAAAGAGGGUUUCCCCAGAGGUCAAGAUUAUUGGAGUGGAGCCUUCUGAUGCAAAUGCAAUGGCUUUAUCAUUACAUCAUAAUCAAAGAGUUGUGCUGGAUCAGGUGGGAGGUUUUGCAGAUGGUGUAGCUGUUAAAGUAGUUGGUGAAGAGACGUUCCGUUUAUGCAAAGAAUUGGUAGACGGGGUAGUUCUUGUAAGUCGUGAUGCUAUUUGCGCUUCCAUAAAGGACAUGUUUGAGGAGAAAAGGAGCAUUCUAGAACCUGCAGGUGCUCUUGCCCUUGCUGGCGCUGAAGCAUACUGCAAGUAUUAUGGCCUCAAGGAUGUGAAUGUCAUUGCAAUAACCAGUGGAGCAAACAUGAACUUCGAUAGACUGAGAUUGGUAACUGAACUUGCAGAUGUUGGUCGGCAACGGGAGGCUGUGCUUGCAACUUCCAUGCCAGAAGUGCCUGGCAGUUUUAAACAAUUUUGUGAACUGGUGGGACGGAUGAAUAUCACUGAGUUCAAGUAUAGAUAUCAUUCUGAUAAAAAACCAGCUCUUGUAUUGUACAGUGUCGGCCUCCAUACACCUCUAGAACUUGAAGCAAUGAUGGAGAGGAUGGAAUCUUCAAAACUUAAAACCAUCAAUAUGACGAACGAUGACUUGGUUAAGGAUCAUCUACGGCACUUGAUGGGUGGUCGAUCAAAUGUUCAAAAUGAGGUUCUUUGUCGGUUCAUUUUCCCAGAGAGGCAAGGAGCAUUGAUGAAAUUCUUGGGUGCUUUCAGUCCACGUUGGAAUAUUACUUUGUUCCAUUACCGCGGACAGGGAGAAAUUGGUGCUAAUGUAUUAGUCGGUAUCCAAGUCGCUUCGACUGAGAUGGAUGAGUUUCAGAAUCGUGCCCGCAGUCUUGGAUACGAGUAUGCGGUGGAGACCAGUAAUGAGGCAUUCCAGCUUUUAAUGCUUUGAGCAGAGCUGUCUUUCUUAUAUUGAGUGCGAAGAGGAGGAGGUAUGGGUUGUUGGUACUUUUUGGGUUUCUAGGAAUGUGCCAUGUGAUUAUGGCUAGCCACUAGAUCCUCCAUGUAAUAAUGGGUCUAUCCUAAGUCAACAUUGGGCUUGUACUUCCAAAUAAAUGAGGAUUUAUGCUAAUGAUUAUUGUAAUUGUGGUCCAGCAGUGUUACUGUGACAGUUUACAAAUGCAAACUAUAGCCAUUUAUAUGUCCUCCAUGU